UGUGCCCUGCCCUGAGCCUCGCAGCUCCAGCUGUGCCUCCUGCCCGUGGAGGGAGGAGGCUCUGUCACCCUCCAGAGAGGAGGUGUUUGGAUGUGCAGUGGGCGGGUUACAGCUGAAAUUCAGGCGUCUGCUUAGGGUUUUGGGAGUGUAGAAACAGCCGAUGGUGUUGGCCUGUGCAGAGCAGAAGCCCUGGUGCCUGAGAUGGUGCCCAUCUCCCCAAGGUACGACAACCGGUGCCGGCACCUGACGGCCUCGGAGGUGGCCCAGAAGCUGUCCCAGGGCCUGGAGUGCGUCAUCCGCUUCCGCCUGGAGAGGGGCGUGCAGCCCUUCCAGGACCUGGUCUACGGCUGGAGCAAGCACGAGGUGGCAGAGGUGGAGGGCGACCCCGUGAUCCUCAAGGGGGACGGCUUCCCCACGUACCACCUGGCCAGCGUGGUCGAUGACCACCACAUGGGCAUCACCCACGUGCUGCGUGGCACCGAGUGGCUGGCCUCCACCUCCAAGCACCUGCUGCUCUACAAGGCCUUGGGCUGGGAGCCGCCCCAGUUCGGGCACCUGCCGCUGCUGCUGAACAAGGACGGGGCCAAGCUGUCCAAGAGGCAGGGGGACAUCUUCCUGGAGCGCUUUGCUCGGGACGGCUUCCUGCCAGAGGCGCUGCUGGACAUGGUCACCAACUGCGGCUCGGGGUUCGCAGAGAAGCAGAUGGGGAGGACUCUGGAGGAGCUGAUCUCCCAGUUUGAAGUAAGCAGAAUUACAACCCAUUCUGCUCUCCUGGACCUCGAAGCACUCCCAGAAUUCAACAGGAUUCACCUCAGCCGUCACAUUGAGAACCAAGGGCUGCGCCAGAAGCUCGUCAGGGAGCUGCGGGGGCUGGUGGAGCUCGUCUAUGGGCAGCAGCAAGUGGAUCCAGAUGUUCUGGAAGAGGAAUAUGUGGAGCGAGUCCUUCUGCUGAGAAAGGGCCACAUAAGCCUCCUGAAGGAUCUGGUGUCCAGUGAUUACUCCUACCUGUGGGUCAGGCCCUCGGUGUCCCGGCAGCAGCUACAAACAAUUUCUGCAGAAGUAGAUAAAAUAGGAAAACUGGUCUCAGGGCUCCUGACAAGGCCAGCAGCUGCCCUGACUGUGGAGGAGUUGAACAGAGAGCUGAGAAGUGUGCAGAAGCAGACCAGAGAGACCAAGUACAGCAGCAUGAUGCAGCUCCUGCGCCUGGCGCUCAGCGGGCAGCAGCACGGCCCCAGCGUGGCAGAGAUGAUGGUGACCCUGGGAGCUGAGGAGGUGUGUGGCCGCAUACACAGAGCCCUGUCCAGCUGACAGGGACGUCGGUGACACUGCCAGGCUGGCACUGGGAUGGUGCAGGUGGCGCCUGUGUGAUCCUCUCCGAGCAGACGAGCUGGGCUUCAGGCCAGGCAGGUGUCUGGGCUGGCCCCACGUCUGUAGGAACCUGCACCAAGCACAAGCCACUUCGUCUGCGAGAGGAACCAAGUCCAGAUUCAGCUCCAUCCUGCCACUGUCUCGUGCAAGGAGCCUGCUUGGCAGGGUGGGAGAAGAAGACAUCAGCAUUUAAAUUCAGAGCAUGUGGACAGAAAGGAAAUGAACUUCUGAAUGCAGCAGAUGGGAUUCUUUUUGGAGAGGGUACCUACAGCUACACAACACUGUUCCCCAAUAAAUACAGUGGGGGUAUUUUUAUAUAUAUAUAUAGAUAUAUAUUAUAGCUGUUGCCCUCUUAGCUGCCCUGGUGUCCUACCAGGCUGAGUGAGCUGCUGAGCGGGAGGUUUCCUGUGCACUGUGUCAUGCACGUGAUUCUGCUGAAAACACCCCUGAUCACGAGACUGAGAUGUUUUAUCCUCUUCUGUCUGAUGCCCUUCUAAUUAUUAAAUCAACGUGGUGACUUUGA